GGAGGGGGAGGCAGUUACCUAGCAACCGGGAGAUGCUGCGCGGCCCCGCCAAGCGGUGGGAAAGUGCAUUUUCAGAACCGGCGGAACUCCGGGAGCUGACAGAUCCCGGACCCUCGCGUCCCUAACCCCUAGGGCUCUUCGGGCCCACCCCAGUCAUGUCGAACCCCCUGUGCUGGGCGGCCUCCGCCAACGUCCCUUCCUCCCAGGACCGGGUUGCGACGCCCUCCUCCACGGUCAAGGGCGGUCGUCCUCAGCCCCCGGGCGGCCACCCCCCAGGCAAGGGAGCGGCCCUGGCCUGGCCCCCACUCCACGCCAAGGCGGGGAGCCCUUCCCCCAGCGGGACGCAGGCCGCUGCGCACAACCAGAUUGCCGAUCUGCAAAGGAAGAUUCAGCUCUUAGAGAGCGAUCGGAAGGCGUUUUAUGAGAGCUCCCAGUGGAACAUGAAGAAGAAUCAGGAGACCAUCAGCAACCUCCGCGAGGAGACCAGGGCACUGCAACUGGAACUGAGGGACCUCCUCAAGGGAGAUGAGAAAGUGGUCCAGGCAGUGAUUCAAGAAUGGAAGUCACAGAAGCCGUAUCUGAAGAACAGGACAGGGCAGCAGGCCCUGGAGCUCCUCGACCACCGGCUGAGCGAGAAGGUGAAGCAGCUGAACGCCCUGCGGCACGAGGUGGAGCUGCGGCAGCGGUGGCUGGAGGAGCUCCAGCUGCAGCACAGCCUGCGCGAGCUGGAGAUGGCUGAGAUGCAGGACGGUAACACGGAAGUGGCCAAGACCAUGCGCAAUCUGGAGAACCGCCUGGAGAAGGCCCGGAUGAAGGCGGAGGAAGCGGAGCACAUCGCCAACGUGUACUUGCAGCUCAAGGCCUAUCUGCAGGAGGAGAGCCUGAACUGGGAGAACCGUCUGGACUCCAUGGAGGCGGAGGUGGUGCGCGCCAAACAUGAGCUGGAGGAGCUGCAGGUGGUGAACCGGGAGGCCAUCAACGCCCGUGACAUUGCCAAGAACCAGCUCCAGUAUCUGGAGGAGACAGUAUUGCGCGAGCGCAAGGAGCGAGAGCGCUACAUAACUGAAUGCAAGAAGCGCGCCGAGGAGAAGAAACUGCAGAACGAGCGCAUGGAGCGCAAGACCCAGCGCGGUCACGUGCAGCUGCAGUCGGACGAGACGAUCCAGGACAGCGUGCGCUCCAAGGACGAGGAGCUGCGGGGGCGCUGGGACAUGUACCAGACCGAGGUGAUCUUCAGCAAGGUCAAGGACGCCACCGGCGUGGCCGACACGCACUCGGUGGUGCGGCGGUUCCUGGCGCAGGGCGACACCUUCACGCAAUUGGAGUCGCUCAAGAGCGAGAACGAGCAGACCAUGGUGAAGCUGAAACAGGAGAAGCAGCGGCUGCAGCGGGAGCUCGAAAACCUCAAGUACACGGGGGAGGCCAAGCUGGUGAGCGAGCAGAAGCUGCAGACCGAGUUGGAGGGGCGCCUCCAGGCCGAGGAGCAGCGGCGCAGCGAGGCGCGGGAGCAGCUGGAGAGCACCACGCUGGUGAUGCUCGAGAUCAAGGCCGGCCUGGAGCACCUGGCGGGCAAGCUGAGCCACGUCACCGUGGAGAACAGCCGCCUGGCCGGGAAAGAGCUGGACCCCAACGCGGGUGACUACCUGUCGGACCUGCUGGGCCUCGUGGAGGAGAAACUGCUGCGGCUGCAGACGCAGUUCGAGAACCUCGACAUGCAGGAGAUGCUGCACCACAUCGCCGAGCGCGAGUUCUACACCACCCUGGAGGGAAAGCUACCGCUGUACAACACCCGCAUCGCCCUGCCCCAGGCCGGGCCCAAGGACAAGUUCUUCGACGAGGAGAGCCAGGACGACGACAACGACGUGGUGACCCGCGCGGCGCUCAAGAUCCAUUCUCAGAAAUUCAUCGAAUCCCGCAGCAAGAAGCGCAGUCGCUCGCGGAGAUCCUAGACUCGCCCUCGUGCCCACCCGGCGCCUCCGGGCCCCUCCCGCGUCCCCCGACAGCCCCCUCCCCGGGGGCCCCGCCACGGGCUGAACGGGGCCCGGGCGAGCUGCGGAGCGGGCCGGCGGCGCCCGGAGGAGAGGGGGGGGCCGGGCCGGACGUUCCCACGGUCGGUCUCCCCAGGAGGCCCCGCGCCGGUCGCGGGGUCUCGCAAUAAAUAUCCCCAACCAGCCUCUGGGGUAUCCGCCUCUCCUUGACCCUGCACCGGCCCAAAGACGUCUGCGGCGCCAAACCCGGGGCCACCGCUCUGGUCAUCCACUGGAGACACAGCUUGCGCCUUCUCCCUCCCCAGAGAUGGGAGCUCCCCCCGGCCACCCACACCUGGGGCGGACCCGCCCACCCACCUGGGGACGCGGACCUACCCCGCGCUUAAAUACGCACGGGGCGUCCAAGCCCUUGGCGACACCCGAGGUCUCCCCGCCUGGGGACCC